AUGGCGCUUCUCUCCUUGCCAGUAGUGCUAUUCGCGCUUCUGGCGUUCGUGAUCUACUACAUUGUCUCAACUUUCCUCGCCCGUCGCCGCGUUCUUCUCUUUGCCAAGUCAAACGGCGCGACUUUUCCCAAGCACUUUUCCUCAAAGCUCCCUUUCGGCAUCGACAAUGUCUGGCGCGCCGUCAAGGUGGUGCGCAGCGGCGGCGACAUCCUCGACGAUGUCAUUGCCCAAAAGUUCAAAAAGUGCGGUGACACCUUCAGCACUACAGGCCUCUUCGGCCCAGCCGAGGUAAAUACUAUCGACCCCGUCAACAUUCAGGCCAUCCUUGCGACGAAGUUCCGAGACUUUGAGCUCGGCCCGCGCAGAAUCGCGCAAUUCAAGCCGCUAGAGGGCAACAACAUCUUCACCCACGAUGGUCCCCUGUGGGAACAUUCAAGAUCGCUCUUCCGAUCGCAGUUCUCGCGUGAGAACAUCAACGACCUCGAAGGUACGGAACGUGCCGUGCAAGCUCUGUUCCGGGCCCUGCCAUUCGUUGGCCAGAAGACGGACGACGGCGCCCUGUCCGUUGAUAUCAUGCCCUUGAUCUUCCGCUUCACCCUCGACACGGCAACCGGCUUCCUCUUUGGCGAAACGGUCGAUUCACAAACGGCCGCUGCUCUAGGCAAGAUGUCGACAUCGACAAGUGCGGUGACGGCUAUGGCGGCUGACCAAGCAGGAAGUGAAAUGUCCUUCGCAUCGGCCUUCCACGAGGCGCAAAUGUACAUCGCUCUGCGUGCCCGGCUGCAGGGGCUGUACUUCUUGGCACCAAGUAGCGUGGGCACUAAGUCCAUUGACUACAUCCGUCGAUACGUCGACCACUACGUCCAGCUGGCUCUCAAGCGCGCGAAGCCGUCGACGGACAAGUUCAUCUUGCUGGAUACCCUCGUAGAGAAAACGCGGGACCGCGGGGAGCUGCGGGACCAGAUCCUAGGGAUACUUCUGGCGGGUCGGGAUACCACGGCAUCUUUACUCUCGUGGGUGCUGCUGAUGCUUGCGCGGCACCCGGCUGUGUUUGAGAAGCUUCGGGGAGAGGUGGUGGCGGAGUUUGGGGAGUACUCUGAGAAACCUGAGGGUAUCGACUUUGCGACGCUCAAGUCUUCACAAUAUCUUCAAUUUGUGAUGCGGGAGACGUUGAGAGUGUACAAUGUCGCGCCACUUAACAGCCGAUAUGCGGUACGGGAUACGGUUUUGCCAAGAGGUGGCGGAGCUGAUGGGUUAUCGCCCAUCGUGAUCAAGAAGGGCCAGACCGUCACCUUUGUGCCGUAUCUUCUGCAUCGACGAGCGGAUAUCUGGGCGGAUGCGAUGGAGUUCAAGCCGGAGCGAUGGGAGGGUGUCCGACUAGAUUGGAACUAUAUUCCAUUUAGUGGUGGUCCGAGGAUCUGCUUGGGACAACAAUUCGCUCUCACAGAGGCUGCAUAUUUCUUGGUCAGACUCAUCCAAAGGUUCAAGAGCAUGGAGUGGAUUGGACCGCCAGGCGAGCCGAGAAAGGACAUCCACUUCACCAUGGUUCCUAGAGAUGGAGUCAGCGUCAAGCUACAGUAUGCUGAAUCAUAG